CAGUGUACAUAAGUAGUAAAAAAAAAUCACAUAUCAAAGAAAAAGAUUAAAGGACUCCACAUAAGUCUCUUGGGCUCGCUAUGACGCAAUUGCGGGUCUCCGCCACAUCUCAGCAGGCAGAGCUGCGUGACUCCCGCUCCGGGUCCGCACCAUAUUUUCCGUACAGCCGUAAAUGUCUUCGUGUGUUUAUGAUUGCCAAAAACCAAAGCCCACAUUUAAUAUCUCUUACCUGACGCGCCCAUCACUUGUGCUACAAUCCUUUAGCACAAGCCUGCGUCAACGACAGACAAAAUGUGGAUUUAGGUUCCUGACGGAGGGCGAAACAAACAACGCUUGCUGACUUCAGUCCUGUGGAUAAUGAACAUGAUGCAUCCAAGAGUAUGGAGAGCUCUGUUUAUCAUGACCGUAUUACACCAGCUCGGGAUGGCAGGCAAAUACGGCUGUUUGUUUGAGAAGAGGCUGUGCUCCAGGGAGCAGUUUUGCUCUGAUGACAGGCUCUUUGGGCAGUGUCGGAGCUCCAGACAUGAUCAGGUUCAGUACCAGGUCUCUGUUCCUGUUCUUCAGAGACUACAGGAAGUGCUCAAGCAGUUAAUGAUUCAGGGAUUCUCCUGGCAGAAUGACAUCACCCAGCACAUUAUUGCUAAAGAGCUGAGUCGUAUUCCUCACACGCGCACACAAAAGACCCAGAAUGCACAGUCAUCACAGCCCGCAGCUAAGAAGGGUUACACUAGCUCAAACACUGAACCUGGACCAGCUCAGAGUUAUAUGGACUAUAUGAUCUUAGACCCCCAUCAGUCCUCCUCACUUCGGAUGCAGGCCCUACCUAUGGACCCAUAUUCAUAUCUACAGGAUGACAUGACCCAUUCUCUCCAUCCUCACACCAGUGUGGGGGGAUACCAGCGACCCUCCUCUGGAGCCGGAUCUCAGCAACGAGACAGAGACCGUCAGCUCCUGGAAGAUGCCCUGUCUCUCUAUCUCUCCUCCUCACAACCCUCUUUUCGCCACAGGGGGGCAGCAGCCCUCCCUGCCGCCCCAUACUAUGAAGAUCUAGAUUUUCCGUUGGAGUACGGAGAGGACUACACCCUACAGGAGCAACCUAGCUCAUCCCGGCCUACUAACAAGAAAGUCCCGCAGGACUACAGCUCUCUCGCUGGUCUUGAUGAUGAAACACUGGCUCAGUUGGGGCGUCUGUCAGAGGGUUUUGGGGUGGACCCACGAGACCUGAGCCCUCAGCAAAUAAAAAGACUCACUCUACUGCUACAGCUCCUACAAAACAUGGAAAACACAGAUCGAUCACCUGGGACAGUCGCAGUUAAAGAGACGAUUGUAGAAGGUAGUGACAAAGUGACACAAAAAGGAGGCAAAUCCACCUCACCUGUCUCAGCUCUGCCCUCUACCCCAACAUACCAGCGGGCCUCCACUCCGGCCCCAUCCACACCGGAUCCUGUGACCUUGCCUAAGAAAGACAGUGAGAGCACACUGGGACCCACGCUGUCAGCAAAAGAUUUGGAUUUGAAAGAGAAAACAGACAGUGUCCUUAAAUCAGCUAAAGAUGGAGCAAACAGCAGGGAGGAAUAUGGCUAUAUUGUCACUAAUCAGAGUCCUUUAAGUCUGUAUGAUGGGGUGAAGCUCUUAGAGCGUCUGGCAGAGCGAAUUCAUCUCUCCACGAGCAGUUUCAUCAAUAUAAGCGUGGUGGGUCCAGCCCUGACAUUCAGGAUCAGACAGAACGCUCUCAAUCUCAGCGCUGAGGAUGUGGCCAGUAAAGCAGUAGCCGAGAAGAAUUUCCUAGAGGGAGAGACGGGUUUGAAAAUCAUCCAGACUGGAGUUGGGGAGAGGAGCGAGGGGCGCGGCCUGCCCCAGGCCACACGGAUAGGGGAGGGCUCGCGUGGAGUCGUGCUCACAAUGGUCGCCAUGGCAUGUGUGGGCACGGUGUUGUUGGUUGCCUUGGCGAUUGCCUGUCUCCGUCAUCAUGCCCGUCAGUUAGCCUCGGGCAAAUUAGGUCUGGGACCAGAAGCCGGCGCAGAAACUCACUUUGAUUACCAGGAACUAUGUCGUCAGCACAUGGCAGCCAAGUCAUCGUUCACCCGUCCGGAGGCCGGCGGUCGACGGGGGACCGACACGUCUCGAGUGAGCAGUGUGUCGUCUCAGUUCAGCGACGGACCGCAGCACAGCCCCAGUUCACACAGCAGCACGCCGUCCUGGAGUGAAGAGCCUGCUCAGUCCAACAUGGACAUCUCAACCGGACACAUGAUACUGGCUUAUAUGGAGGACCAUCUGAAGAACAAGGACCGUUUGCAGAAAGAGUGGGAGGCUCUGUGCUCAUACCAGGCUGAACCGAGCUCUGUCUCUAUCAGCCAAUCUGAAACCAACAUGGAGAAGAACCGCUAUCCUGACUUUGUGCCCUAUGAUCAUUCCCGUGUGAAACUAAAGGCAGAGACCAACCCCUCCAAAGAGGACUACAUAAAUGCCAGCAUUAUAAUUGACCAUGAUCCACGCCUGCCUGCUUAUAUCGCCACUCAAGGACCUUUGCCACACACUAUCGCUGAUUUCUGGCAGAUGGUUUGGGAGAACGGAUGUACUGUAAUAGUCAUGAUGACAGCUCUAGUGGAGGAUGGAGAGAAACAGUGUGAACGCUAUUGGCCUGAUGAAGGAUCGUCUCUGUACAACAUCUAUGAGGUGAAUCUUGUGUCUGAACACAUCUGGUGCAAGGACUUCUUGGUUCGUAGUUUCUACUUAAAGAACAUUCAGACUCAGGAGACGCGAACCCUAACCCAGUUUCACUUGCUGAGCUGGCCUGCGCAGGGCAUUCCCUCCUCCACACGACCUCUGCUGGACUUCCGCAGGAAAGUUAACAAGUGUUACAGAGGACGUUCUUGCCCCAUAAUUGUGCACUGCAGUAAUGGUACUGGAAGAACUGGCACCUACAUUCUUAUCGACAUGGUACUUAACCGCAUGGCGAAAGGCGUGAAGGAGAUCGAUAUUGCCGCAACGUUGGAACACAUUCGUGAUCAGAGACCAAGUAUGGUACGCACUAAGGACCAGUUUGAGUUUGCCUUGACAGCUGUGGCAGAAGAAGUGAAUGCCAUUCUGAAAGCCCUUCCUCAGUGAGCCACCCUGCGUUGCCAGGUCUGCGUCCUUUCAGCUGACUUCUGAAUUGGGCUACUUUUCUGCAGGUUGAUGUUUUUCCGCGGGUUAGAGAUGGAAAGAUUUUGUUGAUUAGUUGUUGGUAUUUGGGCUGUGAAUCGUCAUUGGGGUGCUUUUGGACUGAUUUUAAAUGGCCAUUGGGCUGAUUUUGAUACGCAGAUCUGGCAACCCUAAUCAUCAUUUCAGCUUAAAUGCUUCUUUUCUGUCUAUCUUACAUACUUUAAGGGGCUAGUUUAACCAAACAGUUAUUUAUUUAUCCUCAUGAGCUUCAAAACCUGUGCAUGACGACUUCUGCGAAAAACAGAAGAUAUUUUAAGAAAUGGUUUUGUGUUUAUAUUGUGGGAAUCUAUGGGUGCCCAUUUCAAAUCUGGCUGUGAGUAACCCACUUCUAGCCAAAAUAAACUUGAAUUUGGUUAUUUUUGCCAAAAUAAUUUGCAAGAUGUAUGAUAUUCCAAAGUCAGUCAUACAGGAUUGUAUAGACAUGACGGUGAGUAAAUAAUAAUUCAAGUCUAUGUAAAGUCAUUUCAGAGAAUUGUUUGCUGAAGCACAUAGGGGUGGUUUCCCAGACAGGGAUUAGUUUAAGCCAGGACUAGGCCUUAGUUUAAUUGGAUAAUAUAACUAGUUUUUACAAACUAAAAACAUAACUUGUGUGCAUUUUGAGGCGAAACAAAGGGCACUGAUGUAUUUUAAGAUAUGUCAGUGCAAGUUGUUUUCAAUUUGGACAGCUCUUACAUUUAUUUUAGUCUACGAUUAGUCUAAUCCCUGUCCGGGAAAUAGCCCCAUUGACUUUGAACUGAAUUAUGGAGUUUUACCACAUAUCUGUGUUCAGGGUUUUUUGGGCGGCGCCCCUAACACAAUCGCAAGCAUCCAUUCAGGUUGUAGCAGUAUUUAAAACAUACCGGCAGCUUUCCCAUGAGUGGGCGUGGUUUCAGCGCUGACAGCAGACACGCCCCCAGUGUUUGAGAGCAGAGAAUCCUGCCUGUUUUUCCAAGAAACUUAUUUUUAUUUAUUUGGUGGUUUUCUUAGUCAUUCAAAUUUGGCUGGGUGGUUAAAAUCACAUUUUUCUGUGGUGUCACAAACUGAAAACACAUUUAAUAUCUGACAUUACACGGACUUGAAUAACUAAAAUAAUUUUCAUUUUUGGAUGAACUAUUCCUUUAAAGAGGAUAUAUCACGAAAAUCUGUCUUUUUCCAUGUUUAAGUGCUAUAAUUGGGUUCCCACUGCUUCUGUCAACCUAGAAAAUGUGAAAAUGUCAACCCAGUAACUUAGUUUUGGUAAACCAUUCUCUGCAAGCAUGUGAAAAAUUAGGUAAUUGAAAUUCGGCUCCCCUUGUGAUGUCAGAAGGGGAUAAUACCGCCCCUUAAUCUGCACUAUCCAACCAUGGCACUGCCAUUUAGUGCAGAGAUCAACUAAUUUGCAUUUAAAAGGACACACCCAAAAUAUGACACAUUUUUGCUCAAGCUCACAAAGUGACAACGUUAACAUGUUAUAAUAAAUUAUCUAUAUGAUAUUUUGAGCAAGAACUUCACUUACAUACUCUGGGAACACCAGAGAUUUAUUUGACAUCUUAAAAAAGUCUUGUGAAAUGUCCCCUAAAAGACCCUAUAACAUUGCUUGAUCAGUGCAUCUGUCAUGUGUUGAUGUAUUUCCUUUGAUUUAUUGAACAAAAAUCUGUGUAGUGUAAAUGACUUAUAGUCUGUUUAUCCAAACCAAAAUGGGUGUAAAUUUAAAAAUGAUUUAUCUGCUGAAAUAUUAUAUUUUUAACUUUGAGAACACUAGCAAAUAUAUGGCUGCAAUGCUAACUCUAAUUUUAAUGUGUUGGAGUCUUAAAAUGUCAAUCACAAAUGAAGGAUUUAUGUAUGCUGGAUUUUACAUGGGCCAAAUCUUCAGUCCUUCUAGAGUUUCAGGGAGAACAGAGGUUUUAUGAGACAUUAUGGCAGUAAUUUAAAGCAACCUAAACUCUGAUGAUGGACAGUAUAAUGCUUUUAGAGUCUCUACAUUUACAUUUUUUGUUUUUCAAAUGCUUUCUUAACUUUGCAAUGUACAGUAUCAUAUACAAAAAAGACGAAAAAUAUGUCUCAUGUAGUCAAGCCUAUGGGUACAUACUGUGUGCACACAAGAGUCCUUUGUUUUGGUGGACUGUAUCACCUGAAGGCACGUGUAAUAUCGUACAGUUCCUGUAAAAUCUCCUUUAAGGCUUUCACAUCCAGUCUAGUCCGGGCAGUCUUUCAUUGUAAAUAAUUCACUGAGAGCUAUCUUUGUCUAUUCCUGUAGCAUAUGUUGGAAAAUGAUCAAAAAAGAGAAAUAUAUGACUAUCAUUUUUAAAUGUUAUAAAUUAAAUGUGAAUCUGUGUAGCAGCA